UAACCAAAUUAGCUGAGAUUUUAGUAUGUUGUUCUCCGUUAUGUAGCAUGCUGUCAGAUCUUGGCAACCUGACAGCAUCUACAUAACGAAUACAUGUCUAGUGAAAAAUGCAUAACAUGCAACAAAAAAACCGCAAAAAAUAGUUAUAAUUGUGUGAAAUGCGAAAAUGUGGUUCAUCAAAAGUGUGCAGAUGAAGAAAUACCCAGAGAUAGUGAUUUUGUAUGUGAAAAUUGCCUGGAAAACAACUCGUUAAACAGUUCAGUGACGUUGGAGAAUGGCACAAUUAUCCUGAGCGAGGAACGUAAGACACAGAAUGAAGUUGUAAUAAGCGAUCUUAUGAAAGAAAAUGAUCGAUUGUUACGUGAAAAUGAACUUCUUAAUAAACUCGUAAGUCAAAUGGCCGACAAAAACAAUUUAUUGCUGUUCAAAAUCUCCAUCUUGGAGAAAAACAAUAAUACUUUGGAAAAACCAUGGCAACACCGAAAUUCAAGUAAAAAUUCAGACGCUCCAACUCAAAUGCCACCUAGCACGCAUUCCGCAAACCACACCACUCAAAAUCAUACAGCGCCACCUCACAACGUAGCCCAAAGUCGUCGUACUCACCGCACAUCCACCAGAUCAACCUCCGUGUCGCCGCCAGUGCUGCCAUCUCCUGGUACCAGUGGCAACCACCAAGAAAUUAAUAAGGUUAGGGAAAAUAACAAGGUACUGAGCAUCGUAGGUGAAGUUGAGCCUACACUAAGCACCGCCGGAACGGUCUUCAAGGACUUUCAGUUCUAA